UAAGUAAUACUAUAAAUGAGGCAAUAAUUGUAAUUGUAAUUGUAUAUAGAGGUAAAUCACAAUUGAUUGAAUAAAUAAAUAAUGUCACUGGGAGAUAAAAUUCUUUAUCGGGAAGUACGGUCACUUAAGGCAGGACAAAUUCAAAGAUUUACCAUUCAUUAUACUCCAGAACAUCAUGAAAUUGUUUCAUUAACUUCAAGUUUAUGGGUAAAAGUUAAGAAUAUUGAACCAAUUCCAUUACGUGCAGCUUAUUUGGCAGGACCUUAUGUAUUAUAUGUUGAUUGUAAACGUCAAGAUUAUAAUCCUAAUGAGAAAUGUUUUAUUACGGCAGAACAACCAGUAUUUGAACCUCAACUUUUACCAGGUCAAGCAUUUUAUGCACAAUUAUCAUGUAAUACAAUAAAAGAUUCAUAUUGUUGGGUAGUAGAUGUAAUUUCUCAAAUAAUUUUUAAUAAUACAAUCGAUGUGGAUUUUGAAAUAUUAAUAGGUACAAGUAAAAAAAUUCUUCAUGAAUCAUCAAUACCAGAAAAGAAAGUUAUAAAUUUUGAUAAACAAGGAUUAUUUGUACCAUCAACACUUUUAAAUAUUUCAAAUCAAGAUACUCUUGAUUUAUGGAAUCUUCCAUUACCUGAUCCAACAAAACCAAUUCAUUUAGUAAUUUUAACUCAUGGUUUACAUUCAAAUGUAAGUGCAGAUAUGUUUUAUCUUAAAGAACAAAUUGAUAGUAUAAAGGGAGAAAAUAUUGUUGUAAAAGGUUAUUUUGGAAAUGUUGCUAAAACUGAAAGAGGUAUAAAAUAUUUAGGUAGUAGAGUUGCUGAAUAUAUUAUUGAUUUAGUAACAAAUAAUGAAAGUUUUAGUAAUGGGAAAGUUUCAAAAAUAUCAUUUAUUGGUCAUUCACUUGGUGGUUUAGUACAAACAGUGGCUAUUGCAUAUAUUCAAGUUAAUUAUUCAUGGUUUUUUAAAUCUAUUAGACCAAUAAAUUUUAUAACAAUUGCAUCUCCAAUGUUAGGAAUUGUUAAUGAAAAUCCAGUUUAUGUUAAACUUGCACUUCUGGCAGGAAUUGUUGGGAAAACAGGUAGAGAUGUUAGUUUAAAGUAUUUAGAAGAUGAUUCUCAACCAUUACUUUUAUUACUUCCUACAGGUCCAACUCAUAAUAUUUUAAAAAGAUUUAUUAGAAGAACUGCUUAUGCUAAUGCUGUUAAUGAUGGAGUAGUUCCAUUAAGAACUUCAUCACUUUUAUUUCUUGAUUAUAAAGAACUUUUACAAAUUAUUAAUUCUCCCAACCAUAAAUCUAAUACAUUAACAUCAAGUGCUACUGAUAAAGUUCCUAGUGAACCAGCAAUUACUGGUGAAGGAUUUAUAUUUCUGCCUAUUCAAGCUUUUAUGUCAUAUUUUAUGCCUCAAAAACAAGCAGGACAAUUACAUAGAUUUCAAACGGGAGAUAAAACAACUGAAAUUACAUCAAUAAAUGGACAAAUUAAUCAUGAAGAAAGUCUUCAAGAAUUACCAACAACUUCAGUUCUUGAAACCGCUUCAUCAUUAAUAUUACCACCACUUCCAUCUAUGAAAUUCAUUACUGAUCCAGAUUCUAGAAAAGAUGUAAUAAUAAUUGAUAGAAUUUAUAAUGAAUCUGAUUUACCACCAAGAAGUAUUUCUGAAAGUGAAUAUCAUAAAGGUGAAGAAAAUAAACAUGAUGAAAUACCAUCAGUUAGUAUUAGACAAAGAAUUUUAAAUACAAUUGAUUAUGAUGUAGAACAUCUUGAAGAAGAUAUAGCCAGAGAAUAUCAUAAGAAUAUGAGUUGGCGUAAAGUGAUUGUUAAAUUAAAACCUGAUGCUCAUAAUAAUAUAAUUGUACGUAGAAGAUUUUCUAAUGCUUAUGGAUGGCCAGUAAUUGAUCAUAUAGUUAAAAAUCAUUUUGGAGAAGAUAAAACAAGUGAAGAAGAUAAUCAACCAAUUGAUAGUAGUAGUAAAGAUUCAUUAGAUUCCGCUAUUAAUUUAACAAGAAUAAUUUCUCGAGAAACUGUAAGUAAACAGAAUGAUGAAAUUGAUCAACAAUCAAUAAAUGAAAUUGUUGAAAAUCAUUGGAUUAAUAAUAAAGAUAAUUCUGAUUCUUUAUUUGCUGUUGGGCCAACUGGUUUAUUAUCAGAAGUAAGUGAAAUUGUGGGGAAUUUAAAAGAUCAAUUUUAUAAUGGAUUUGGAACUUCCACAACAGGAAUUCAUAAUGAUAAAAAGCCAACUAUAGAAGAAGAUGAAGAAAAUGUCGAUUACGAUCGUAAUAAUGGAGAUUUAGGAUUAACAAAAAAUAUUAUGGGAGGGUUUUUAUAGAUUAGUUAGAAUAGCUACAGCAUA